AUGCCGGACGACGACAAAGCAGCCGGCCAUUCCUCUGCCGUGGAUGUGGAGAAAACCACCCAGCGUCUGGAGAAGCACUCGCAUGAUGCCGACGAGGCGCUCAAGGCCUUCGAGGGCAUCCAGGGGGAAGCGAUCGAGCUGGACGAGGCGACGAAUCGGCGACUGUUGAGAACAAUCGAUUGGCACAUUAUGCCGAUUAUGUGUGUGGUCUAUGGGAUGAAUUAUCUGGACAAGACUACACUCUCCUAUGCGAGUGUGAUGGGCAUCAAGGAGGACUUGCAUCUGAUUGAUGAUCAGUAUCAGUGGCUGGGGAGUUUGUUCUACUUUGGGUAUCUCGCCUGGGAGUAUCCGACCAGCCGCCUCCUCCAGCGCCUCCCACUGGGCAAAUACUCCGCAGCCUGCAUCCUGAUCUGGGGUCUGAUUUUGAGCUGCUUCGCCGGCGUGCAAAACUACGCGGGCGCCAUCGCCAUCCGCUUCUUCCUCGGCGUGUUUGAAGCGGCCGUGACGCCGGGCUUUGCGCUGUUGACUUCGCAGUGGUACACCAAGAAAGAACAAGGCAGCCGGGUCAACAUCUGGUUCAGCUUCAACGGCUUCGGACAGAUCCUCGGCGGGUUCGUGGCAUACGGGAUCGCCAUCGGCACAGAGAAGCACGGCGCCGCUAUCGAGUCCUGGAAGAUCGUGUACCUGGUGAUGGGUUUGCUGACCAUCGCGCUCGGUCUGGUGUUUCUGUGGGUUGUCCCGGAUAACCAGCUGAAUGCGCGGUGGCUGAGCAAAGAAGACCGCGUGCUGGCUGUGGCACGGGUGCGCAUUAACCAGCAGGGGAUCGGUAAUAAGCAUUUCAAGAUGUAUCAGUUGAAAGAGGCCCUCAUGGAUCCCAUGUCGUGGGCCUUUUUCUUCUAUGCCCUGUUGGCCGAUAUUCCGAAUGGGGGAAUCACUAAUUUCUUUAGCCAGCUGAUCACUAGCUUCGGAUAUACCGCAGAACAGAGCCUCCUAUACGGCACGCCCGGCGGCGCGGUCGAGGUGAUUUCGCUGCUCCUAAACGGGUACAUCGGGCACAUCACAGGACAGCGGAUCCUCGCCAGUCUCGGCGGGCUGGUCGCGUCCAUCGUGGGGAUGAUUCUAAUCGUCGCCCUCCCGCUCUCGAACAAAGUCGGCCGUCUGCUCGGGUACUACAUGACGCAGGCCAGCCCGACGCCGUUCGUGGCGCUGCUGUCCCUGAUCUCGUCGAAUGUGGCUGGGUAUACGAAGAAGACAACAGUUGCCGCUAUGUAUCUGAUCGGAUACUGCGCGGGGAACAUCAUCGGACCCCAAACCUUCCGCCCCAAGGAUGCCCCGCGCUACGUCCCCGCCGAGAUCACAAUUAUCAUCUGCUGGGGCGUGUGCCUGUUUCUAUUGGUUGGUGUGUGGUUCUGGUAUAGGCGGGAGAAUCGGCGCAAGGCAGAGGCUCGGGCCCAGCCGGGCUAUGUGCGCUUGGAGAAUCAGGAAUGGCUCGAUUUGACGGACCGGGAGAACCCCGAGUUUGAGUAUUCGCUGUAG